AUGAAACAUGAUAACAGUUCUCACAACGGAAAAAAAACUGUAAAUGAUUUCUCAAAGGACAAAGACAUGAUACGAAAUAUCCGACAAUUCUUAGAAGCAAUUUACCACAAACUGAAGAUCCAUUUGUCAUUGGAUUUACUUUUCACUAAACUGCACAGUCACCAAAACCAUUUACUGCUGCAAAAGAUUAUCCAAAGCAAAGCAUUGGAAGAUGAUGAUAAAAUAUUCUUGGAAAAUUACAUUUCUGAAACAAGGGAAUCAGCUGAUCUCAACAAAGGGAAAGAAGCUUUUUUAUGUUGUGUCUAUCCUCUUUUUGCCAUUAUUUUGCUGUAUAUGUGGUGCCUAUUCAGUCCAUUGUCUGCUAUGGUCUUGAUGAACCCAACCUUUAGCCUCAUGCAAUUCAUGACCAAAUGCUACUUCCUCAUGCUGAUUGGGCUAGUUGCAGUUAUAAUUUGGCAUGUGUUACUCUUCAAGCACAAAGCAUGGCAAGUCAUAGAUUUUCUUCAGCUAGCAGAAACCUCAAUCACACUACAGAAAAAGUCUUUGCGCCUUAUUCAAGAAGUUGAACUUGUGAGAAAAGGAUUUACUUUAGUGAGCUCUCAAAUUUCCAUAUCAAAAGCUGAAAAUUCAUUGCCUGUCAGUCACCGACUCUGCCCUGAACUUCGACGUUUACUCUUCUUGGCCUCACGUUCAAAUAUGCUGUCUUCUCGCAAAUCAACGAGCUUGCUUUUGGAAUAUUAUCCUUUGAUUGAUGAGGUAGAUAAGGCCUCCACUUACCUUGCCAACAUUCCUUUACAAGAUUAUGGACCAAGCUUACAGGAAGUUGAAGAUGAUGAUGAGUCAAAAGAGAAGCUCAGUCAAUUAACUGAUGACUUCUCUGUCACUGCCCUCAAGGCUAUGCUUUACCUUUAUAGCAUGCAACAAUCAGAAUUUGUCCGUCGUCUCGCUCUCUGCUUCUGUGUAAACGCCCAACCUGAGGCUCAAAGAGGAAAGGUGGAUUCAUCACUUUGCCAAUUAAUUGUAAAUCUUAACAAACGGCUGUUACUUGAGUCUAUGAAACUUGGAAAUAGCUAUGAGUUCCACCGUAGCAGUUUCCAGGAAAGAGAUGCCAAAAGUUCUCCAGUUAAUCAGAAACAGGCCAUGUCUUCAGUAUCAGAAUUAUAUAUGGCCAUUCAUAGCCUUGAUCUUCAUCUACGAGCAGCACUACACAGAUCUUUUGCUCUUUCGACUGAACUAGAAAAAUUUUCUGAAGACGAAACCCAACAAAAUUUGGAGAUGAUUGCAGAAGGGGAAAACAUGGAUGAGAAAAUCCAAGAUAAUCUAUCCAAGAAAGAGAAUUUAUGGUAUGAACAGUUGGAAUCAGUCAAAGCAGAACUUGAAGCCUGUCGAGGGUGCUGGGAGGUUGUCUCUUCUCUUUUUAUGCCAUUACAGGUAUUUGAAGACUAUACUGAUCCAGACAAGGAUGAAUUUGAAUGUGAUUAUGUUCAUCUCUCACCUGAAGAAAGGGAAAAAAGACAGCAGGAUCGAGAAGAAUCGCGUCGGAUGAUGUUUGAGUUGCGAAAUGUGAUUGCAGUUCGAGCAACUGACAUGGAACGUCGUGAAGAAAUUGCCGUCAAGCGAAAUCAAAUGCAAAAAGAUGACACAAUUUGUGCUUCUACUCAUUCAUCGAGUGAUGCCGAACAGUCAGAUGACAGCCUGCACACUGAUAGUCUUCAAAGUGAUAGUUUGCAAUCAGACCUCCCAAAUAAAGAUGUUGAUCCAAUGCAGCAAUCGGGUAAUCUAAAUGAAGAUUUGAUUGAUGAAGACCUUUUGGUCUCUGAUGAUGAAUUUUCAACUAGCAAACUGAAAGAGUUUAGCAAUGCUGAAGAUACCAGUGUGAAUAAAAUUUCUUGGAGCAAAAGUCUGUCUUUGAAUCCAGAAGGAGAGCAACAAGAAACGACACCAUUUUUUCUUCAUCAGUCUGUGGAUCGUGUCGAAUCAGAUCGUCUCAGUGAUCUGCAUCUGCGAAAUUUACUCUUCUCACCAGCAAGUGAUACAACUGAUACGGAAAGCAUGAAAACAGAUUCUCUGCAGGAAAAGUCCAAGAGUGACCAAACAAAUUCCAUUAGCGAGUCCGAUAAGAGUCUGGCAUCUCUCAACAAUAGCAGCACAGAUCAGGAAAACAACAGCAGUCACCCACUUUCAAAGCAGAAUGAAUUCAAAUUGUCUAAUGAUAGCAGCCAGAUUCCUUCAGAUCAAUCUUUCAGUUUCAGCUUUAUCCUCCACCCAGAAAAAGAAAAUUCUUCUAGGACCAAUUCCAGAAGCCCCUCUUUGACUCCUACCCACCGUGCUAAUAGCAACCACAUUAACAACAAUGCCUCCAUCAGCACCUCUCUUCCAAAUACUGAUUCCACCUCAUCUACACAGAGUAGUGGCUUUUUCUUGCACACUACCAACAAUGAUGAUGACAGCAACAGCAGCCCCCUACCAAAACGUUCCUUGCAAGGUACUAACCUUAUGGAUCUGCAAGAACGUUGGGCAGCAAACAGUGGGAGUCCAGGGCUUUCAUUAACCCGUAACAUUGCAGCUAUGGCUUCAGCCCGAUGCAAAGAACAGCUCAACUUGAAUAUUCAGACGUUUGGGGAUGAAGAAGAGACAUUUGGAGAUGAUAGUUUUGAUGAAGAUGAUGCUAAAGGAUCGGCAGAUGAUGAAAAAGAAUUAAGUGAAGCUGACGUUCAGAAUAAGGUUGAAAAAAAUUGA